AGUUAAUAAGUCUGCUAUUUAUGGGAUUGUAAGUCAGACAUGCAGCAAGUGAUCUGAGAUGGAAUUCAUGAUUCCGUUUUUUCUCUCUUGCAGCAACACACCGGGAGAUUUAUUGAAAGAGAAGCUCGAUCAGCUGCAGUGUCACUUCACAUGGAGUCCACAGAAAGAAACUAUUGACUUGGACGAUAUGAUGUUAAGAUUGCAAGAUUCUCUGGCAUUGGGUAAAAAAUAUCAAGUUGCAUCGUACAACCAUCUGGCUUUUGUAAACUCUCUGCAGAGUCAUUUUGAAGAAGCCAUUCAAAAUUUAAAGGAAGCUGAAAAGAUUCUGAGGGAGGAGUACAAAGAUGAAUUUGAAAGAAGAAGUAUCAUCACCUAUGGAAACUUUGCCUGGGUGCAUUACCACAUGGGACAACUGACUGAGGCCCAGUCCUAUCUCGACAAGCUGGAGAUGAUCUGUAAACCGCUCAGUGAUGGCCCUCGCUAUACAGCAAUGAUACCCGAGGUGUACGGGGAGAAGGGAUGGUCAUUGAUGAGUUCUGCUGCUGAAUACUAUGAGGAGGCAAAGGAAUGCUUUUCAAAGGCUCUGGAGCAAGAUCCUGACAACACUGAGUGGAUAAUGGGAUAUGCAACUGCACUAUUUCGGCUGGAAGCAUUUUCUGGAACCCCAGAGAGUCGUGAUCAGAGUCAGUCAGUGAAGUAUUUCGGACGAGUACUGGAGCUUGAUCCAGAUGAUACUGUGGCCAUGGUGCUGUUGGCUCUAAAACUGCAGAGGUUAGGGCAAAAUGAGGAAGCAAAUGAGUUAGUUGAAAAAGCACUGACAAAGACCCCAGAUCUGCCAUAUAUUCUUCGCUAUGCUGCAAAAUAUUAUAGACAAAGGAGAUUUGUGGAGAAAGCAAUUGAGCUCUUGAAACAAGCUUUAGAAUUAACUCCACACUCUGGUUUCUUACACCACCAACUUGGAUUGUGCUACAGAAGUAAGCUGAACUAUACUCGUUGCAGAUAUCCUCGCAAUCCUGUAUUUCAUCAGAAAGCUGAGUUGAUCAAUCUGUGCAAGUAUCAUCUUGAAAAGGCUUUUGAUCACCGUCGAAGGUCAUUUAUUAGAGCACAACUGGACUUUGCAGACAUCUGCAUAACUAGUGGGGAAUAUUCCAGAGCAGAGGAGACUUACCGUAGAUUGGUGGAGUUAGUGGACAUUCGUCCAGAGAAUAUGCAGAACAUAUGUCUGGAAGCUGGGUUAUUUGAACUGUACCAGAAAAGAUCUGAAACAAAUGCUGUUCGCCUCUUCCUGAAAGGAGUGAAAAUUGAAUAUAACUCAAGAGAACGGGGAAAAUGUCGCAUGAAUUUGGAGCAGUGGGCAGAUAGAAAACUUAGUGUAAAUGCACAUGACAGCAAGGCUCUUGGUAUUAAAGCAAUUCUGUAUCAGCUGGAUGGGAAAAUGGGUAGAGCAACUGAAUACUUUGAGAAGGCCUUGGAGUUUGAUCCUGGCAAUGAGGAAUAUGUGAGUGCUCUUUCUCAAUUACGUAUUUGAGCACCACUGGAUGUUUAAAAGAUGUAUUUCCAUCUGAUCUGUGGAUAGGUUUGGUGGGUUGUUGCUUUACUAGUUAUAUCCUUUCAGCACCUUCUCUUACUCGUUAGUGCCUAAUUUGCAAAAAUGGUCUGUCUACAACUAUACCCAAUUAUUGCGUUUCUUUAAGAAAUCUUCAUUCCUCAAGUACCCUUUUACAAGUUUUGCUUCUCUGGUCUCCGGAAAACUGGGAUUGGGGAUAAUGCAGCAAGUAGAGUUAACUGAGUAAUCAAACAUUUUUCCACAUUUGUUUGUUACACCUAUUAACCAUUGAAUGUAUUUUACUUUUCACGUGGAUUUUGAUGUAGAAGUGUAAUGGUGGGAUGAUUUUUCGAGAGCAAUUUUAUUUUAAGAAUCAUUGUAAAAUAUCCUCUUCAGAUAUGUCUGGUAAUUAAAGCUUCAAAGCAGAGGUUGGACUUGUCUUGACAAAAUCAAAAGAACACAAGCAACAAAUCCUAACAGCAUGAAUCCAACCUGCUGAGUGUGGUGGAGGAAUGGCUUGGAAGGAGGAAUGACUGGCGAGUGGCAGUGGAGGGGUUUCGUGGAUAAUGAAUGGAAUUCCAAUCAGAUAUUAACAAAAAAUAUGAUAUCUCUGGUCAGGUUUUCUCUGAAAGAAAUAUACACUUAUUGAUAACGUUAUGAAUCAUUUUGUAAAGUGAAGGGGAUGAUUGCCAUUCCCAAGACAUACAAGUUAAUUGAAUUAAUCAGAUAGAACCACUUAAGUUGUUAGUGAAUUCAGUGUUUCCCCACCUUACAGCAGUUUGAGUACCACAAAUACUCCAUCAGAGAAUUCAUAGAUUACUCCAAAAUAAAUCAGCAUAUUGUAUAAAAGUUUGAUCUUACAUGCCUUGGAUGUGAAAAAAUAAACACAA